AUGCUUCUAUUGUCAAGAAAAGGGGCAUUGGAAGCGAAGCUGCCCCAAAUACUUGCAAGAUGUGAAGGAUGGGAAAGUUGUGGUAUUCGCAUUUGUACUGAUUUGCAGGGCCUAAGAAGAAGUGAGCAAGUGGAGCACGAGAAGAUAAACUUAGUCAUGGGCAACAGGAAAGCAUCACCUGUCACCAAGAUAGGAGUUUAUUCUUUAUUGCUUAAUAAUGGGUUAAUGUUAGAUUUGAAUAAAUGUUGUUACUCGCCUGAAAUGGCGAGAAAUAUUAUUUCCUUUCAUGGCUUGUACAAACAAGGGUUUACAUUUUUAUUUGAUAAUAAUAAUGGUGCUAUUAAUGUUUAUUACAAUGAUGUAUUUUACUUUAAAGCAUUACCUUGUGAUGGUGUAUAUGAAGUUGUGAAUGUUGUAGACAAUCUAGGGAAUAAUGUGUUGUAUAUUGAUUCUUCAAAUAGCUUGGAUAAAGCAUCCUUGUGGCAUUGUCGUCUUGGACAUGUUAACAAGAAGCGCAUAGGCCAACUUCAAAAGGCUGGAGUCUUGGAAUCGUUUGACCUAAAGUCAGAUGAUAGUUGCGAGUCUUGUUUACUUGGAAAAAUGACAAAAUCACCCUUCACAGGUACAUGUGAUAGGGGUGAAGGCUUGUUGGACUUGGUACACACAGAUGUGUGUGGGCCCUUCAGAGUUGCUACAAGGAAAGCUAAUCGCUAUUAUGUGACUUUUACUGAUGAUUACAGUAGAUAUGGAUAUAUUUACUUAAUCAAGCAUAAGUCAGAAACCUUUGAAAAGUUCAAAGAGUUUAAGCAGGAAGUUGAGAAUCAAUUGGGCAGGAACAUCAAGAUGCUCCGAUCCGAUCGGGGAGGAAAGUAUCUUAGCAUUGAGUUCCUUGACUAUCUUAAGGAAUGUGGGAUUGUCUCACAAUUGACACCUCCCAGGACACCACAGUUGAAUGGUGUGGCUGAGAGGCGCAAUCGAACCUUGUUGGAUAUGGUUCGUUCCAUGAUGAGUCGAGCUUCGUUACCAAUCUCUUUCUGGGGGUAUGCUUUAGAGACUGCCGCCCAUAUCCUUAAUCUAGUCCAUACUAAAAAGGUUGCCAAAACACCUCACGAGAUGUGGACUGGGAAAGUACCCAAUUUGGACCACAUCAAGAUUUGGGGUUGUGAAGCUUUCGUGAGGCGUGAGACUCAUGAUAAGCUUGAACCUCGAAGUGAGAGGUGUAUUUUCAUCGGCUACCCACAGAGAUCCUUUGGUUACCUCUUCUACAGACCCAAUGAUAAUGUGGUCUUUGUAGCAAGAAGAGGAGUCUUUUGUGAGAGAGAAUUUAUAAGCCAAGGGGACAGUGGGAGGCAAAUUGACCUUGAAGAGCUUCAAGAGUCAAGCGGUGAAGGAACCUCAAAUACUAUCGACCAACCUGAGGAGGAAACUCCUGUUGAGCCGAUAGAUGAGUCUGUACCUCCAAGACGUUCCACUAGGGUGAGGAACACACCUGAUUUUUAUUAUGGUUAUCACAUCACCACUGAAGGUGAUACAUUUAUUAGUGAUAGUACACUAAUAGAUUUGAAUGAACCUAAUAAUUACAGGGAAGCCAUGGCAGGCCCUGAGUCUGCUAAAUGGAAGGAGGCUAUGGACAGCGAGAUUCAGUCCAUGUAUGACAAUCAAGUGUGGAACUUGGUUGACAAUGUACCAGGUCGUAAGACAGUUGGGUACAAAUGGAUCUUCAAGAAGAAGAUCGACAUGGAUGGGAAAGUACACACUUAUAAAGCACGACUGGUUGCGAAGGGCUUUACUCAAACUCCGGGAGUUGACUAUGAUGAGACCUUCUCACCAGUAGCUAAGAUUAAGUCUAUUAGAGUGUUGUUAGCCAUAGCUGCAUUUCAUGAUUAUGAAAUAUGGCAAAUGGAUGUCAAAACCGCUUUCCUUAAUGGGAAGUUGGCUGAGGAUGUUUACAUGGCUCAGCCAGAGGGUUUUGUCGAUCCAAAAUACCCUAAUAGAGUGUGUAAGCUUGAGAAAUCCAUUUAUGGAUUGAAACAAGCGUCUCGCAGAUGGAAUCUUUGCUUUGAUGAGAAGGUCAGAGAGUUUGGCUUCUCUAGGAGUGAGGAUGAGUCAUGUGUGUAUGUUAGGGCCAGUGGGAGUAUAGUCAGCUUUUUGGUGUUGUAUGUGGAUGACAUACUUCUCAUAGGAAAUGACAUCCCAACUUUGCAAGAGGUUAAGUCUUGGCUUGGGAAGUGUUUCGCUAUGAAGGACCUUGGGGAAGCUGCCUAUAUCCUAGGGAUAAGGAUAUUUAAGAGACAGGAGUAA